AAAAUCGCACGAUGCCGCAGGUGCGAAUAGCCUAAGCGAGCUUACGUUAUGUGACGCUAGUGGUGUAGCGCCGAAACGCGGACCUCUCCGCAUUAGCUCGUCGGCGAACAUUUCUGCAACCCGACAGAACACCAUGUGACUUUCGUCAAUCAACACGAAGUCAUGGCGAUCAAGAAGCGUCAAAAGACGCUCUCCCAUGGGCGUCCACCCAUCAGCAAGCCGAAAGAGCGCAUGACCUCCCAGCGCUCUCGAACCAUCAUCCGGACUCAUCAUCGCCUGCACAAGGAGCAUGCAUCUGCUGUAAAGAAUGGUGAUACGAAACUUGCAGCAAGUGUUGCCAAAGCCAUCGAAGAAAAUGGGGGUCUCGAAGUGUAUCAAGCCGCCAGCAAACAAGGCCAGUCCAAGGAUCGCGGCGGAGACUCGAGUAAGGUGCUUGUCGAUUGGCUGCGAGGUGCAAAUAUCCUUGAACGUCCUAAGGGAAAAUCAGAUGGAGAUGAUGGGGGAUCAGUACUUCAGUGCUUGGAAGUUGGGGCGCUCUCGACCAAUAACGAGAUAUCCAAGUACCCCAAAAGGAUCGAAAUGACGCGAAUCGACCUGAACAGCCAGGGCGCCGGUAUCAAGAAGCAGAACUUCAUGGAACGUCCACUUCCAACCUCAGCAAGUGAAAGAUUUGACAUCAUAUCUCUUUCUUUGGUUCUGAACUACGUACCAGACCCAAGUCAACGAGGCGAAAUGCUGAAGCGGAUAACGAAGUUUUUGCGUCAUACCGACACGAAUCAGAAGAUCAACGCCUCCGUCCUUCCAGCUUUGUUUCUGGUCCUGCCGUUGCCUUGUGUGGAGAACUCGCGCUAUCUGGACGAACCAUUACUGCUUCGUAUCAUGACAAAUCUUGGCUUCAAGUUAACAACCGAGAAGAAGACGCCAAAACUCUGCUACUAUCUGUUCAGUCUGACAGGUACCAGCAACUCUGCCAAGACCACGAAGAAGAAAGUGAGAGAUGGACCAGCCAUGAACAACUUCUGCGUUAUCGUCGAUUGAGAACUCAAAGGAAUGGGUAUUCUAUCUACAUAUCCUCCUAAGCCUGUGUUGCAUGAUCAGGGCAUUAUGCGGUCCAA